AUGGAAAAAGUGCUAAGUUUGUUAUUGGGUGAUAGGCUGUUUCAUUGGUCAAUUUUGAAUAAGGAUGAAUUUGGGUUGGAUAAAAAUAUAUUGUUAUUUUUGAAAUUUGAAUCAUUAAAAGAUAUAAAAUGGUUUUUAAAAACUUAUGACGUUGAGGAGAAGAUAAUUGAAGACAUAGAGAUUAAAAGUAAUGAGAAUCUAGAUGAGUAUUCAAAAGAGAUAGAAGUGGAGACAAAUAACAUCUCACAAAAUCUUAAAGCAAAAUUAAAUAUCAUACUUUCAAAUCUGUCAAAUUUCGAAAAAGUAAGUAGCAAAUCCGAUGUGGAAGAUCUAGAUCAAGUUUUAAAAUCUUAUAGUAAUUAUAAAGUAGACAAUGCUGAUCUUGUCGAUGUUCCAAACUACAUGAAAGAUUCAAUAAUCAAAAAUAUAAUUAAAUUUAGAUCCAAAAUGUUAUUAAUAGAGAAAGAAAAGCGUAGAAAAGAAAUAGAAAUAGAAAGAUUGAAAACCAAAAAUAAAUUUAAGAAUCUAUUCGAAGGUAUCAAAGAAACUAAUGAUAUUCAACAACCAAAUAUUGAUGUGGAAAAAGUUAAACAAUCAGAUCGUGAUGAGUUUGAAGAUAUGAACGAUAAAGAAUAUGCUCAAUUCAUAAAACACAAACGUGAGAUUCAAGAUGAUAUGGAUUAUGAACAAGCAUUAAAUAGAAUGAAUCGAAAAGAGACAGAAAGAAGUCAAUUGGAAGAUAAAUUAGCAUAUUUGGAAAAAUAUGAACCUGAUUUAAUUGAGUAUAAGAUUAAUUAUAUUGAUGAUAUGAAAAAUUACGAAACUACAGAUAUUUAUAAAAUGUAUAUCAAUGAUCAUAAACAAUAUCAGAAAAUUAGGUCGCAGAAACGUUUGGUGGAAGAAAUGAAAGAUGCUGAGGAUGCAGAAGAAGAAGAGAAGCAGAAACCAAAAGAGAAAGAACCAGAAAAAGAACCAGAAAAAGAACCAGAGGUAAAGAAACAAAAAGUUGCAAAAGGUGCUGUUGUUGCUUCUUCAUUCUCAUCUGACUUGAAAGAAAAAUUACAAGCUAAGAUUAUUGAAUUAGUUGAGGAAUAUCUUGGUGUUAAGGAUGAUUUCUUAAUUGAUGUUAUCAAUGAAAAUAUAAUAAAGAAUAAUUUAGAUAAAAAACAAGAAUUGAUUACUGAUUUAUCUGAAGUUUUAGAUGAAGAUGCUGAAAAUUUAGUUAAUGAUUUAUACGAAUUUAUAGAAAACCUUAAAUGA